AUGUCUGCCACUUCAGAACCAGAGUUGAUCAAAUUAAUGAAUUCUAUAGUGAUUUUUGAUAAUUGUAAACAUAUUGAAGAUAGUUACAUAAAUCUAAAAAGUGUUAAAAUUAAUAAUUCCUCAGAUAACAAAAGCAAAAGUACAAGUAAUAUGAAUAUGUUCAACAAUAAUGUGAUCAAUAAACUAUAUACAUCAGAAACAUCUAAUACAAAUA